AUGCACUGGUCAAUGAACACACAGCCCUUGCCUCUAUAUGUUGAGCUGGGUGUCCAUUCACUGAGUGGCCUUCUGUGGACUCUACUGCUCCUGUUUCUGUGGCACUGCUAUCGGAUGGGCUCCGACCUGCCAAUCCCAGGCCAUGCCCAUGCUGGAAAGCUCAAGUCAGGCUCCAGGCGCUCCAAGAUGUCCCGUGGUGGUAGCUGCGCUGGAACAAAGUGUAAUGCACGAUCCACGAUUUCGAGGAGUGAUAAAAUUACUCCCUUCAUUUCCAUGGAAACAGAGGAGGAUGAGGAGCAGGGACCGGGUUACCUUACCCCUGUGCUGAGUCAUGCCUUGUUCCCAGCCCAGGCAUCUGCAGAAGCAAAAAAACUGUACGCAGCACUGCAAGAGUAUGCCAAACGCUAUAGUUGGGUGGGCAUGGGUCGUAUUCAUAAGGGUCUCCGUGAACAGGUCAGACUAAAUGAUCACUCUGCUAUACAGAAGCCUCAUCUGUUCUUCCUGCCAGAUGUCCCAAGUGUUCCUUUCUUCCCACGUGAUGCUCUUCGGCAUGACAUUGAGGUCUUGGAAGCCAACUACCUUGUUAUCCUGGCUGAAUUCCAGGCUGUUUACCAGCGGGGCAUUGACUCAAAACUAGGCUGGACCUGUCUGGGGCCAAAGGGCCAGGCAGUGUUUCCCUUGUACAGUGCAGGUGUUUCUGUGGCAGGAAACUGUCGCUCUUGUCCCUGCACCUACCGGACACUUCUCUCCCUACGUACAUUUAUAAGCAGCAACUCCUUGGGAUCUGCUGGAUUUUGGCUGUUGGGGCCAGGAGCUGCGUUGGGGAGUUCAUAUGGACCCACCAAUACACGCCUCCGUUGUCAUCUUGGUCUGCAGACUCCACCCCUGUGUGAGCUGGUGGUGGGAGGGGAGCCUCAGUGCUGGUCAGAGGGGCACUGCCUCCUGGUUGAUGACUCAUUUCUUCACACCGUCUCCCACAAGGGGCCUCCAGAUGCUGGACCCCGCGUCAUUUUGAGUGUGGACCUUUGGCAUCCAAAUGUGGCUGCAGCGGAGAGACAAGCUUUGGACUUCAUGUUCAGCCCUGACCUCUGA